GCCACUAAGGAUGAGCGCGUUCGGCGGCGCCGAGGCCAUGUGGUGGAAAGGUCCUGCCUCCGCACUCAACUGACCGGAAUACGAGGACAGGUGACUGCCACCGAUGUCAAUUGGUUCAACUCUUGGUCGCGCCGUUGUCUCACGCGUGUCGAGAACACACCGCAUCCAUGGCGCGUGAGGUGUUGACUUUACCGCUGUCCUCGACGUCGAGAUUUUCUGCUUCAUGCGAGUCACGCAUAACGCCAUGAUAAAGGUUAUUACAUGGCGCCACCCGGCAAGUGCGUUGUCAUGCUUCUGACAUAUCCCCGCGUUCCGACUGCCCAGCGCCUUCACGUUGAACUAUCCUGUCGCGCUCUUGAAGAGACUUGACCCUCAUUGUUCCUUUCGCAACAGACUUGGCACCAUGCGUUCGCAGCUUGUCGCUCUCCUCCCUGCCGUCGUCCUUGCGCACUCGUGGCUCGAAUGUACCAACUAUGACAUUCAAGUUCCUGCGAACCAGCUCUACUGGAACAAGGCGGCGUGUUCGGGAUAUGCUCGAUGCGGAGUUCGCCAGGCGCAGGAAGGUUUCGGCGUCGACACGGGGUUUGACUUUCGUCCUUCCCUGGCCAAGCGGACGUGCCAGUGCCCCGCUGCUGGGGCAUAUGACGCCCUUGGAUCCCGCAUGGCCAAGUACACUCCCGGUCAAAAGGUAUGCUUAGCAUAUCCCCCAAAGAACCAUGUUGCGGACGUGUGCACGAACGAGUUCAUUCCCGAUACGGGCGUUCGCAUCUUUCGUUCGGCGGCGUGGCCGGUGGAUGCCACCAACGUGACGGACCCAGAGCUGCGGGAGUGGCCGGUCGAGUACCACCACGGCAACGGUGCGCACGUACGUGGCCAAGUCGACUACAAGGGCUUCCAGCACUGCCCCAGGUUUUGUGAAGACAAAGGUCGCGCCCUGUGCACCAUGUGCUUCCAACUCGAGAAGGACAUUGCCCCCGGCAAGUACACGUUUCAGUGGCAGUGGAUGUUCAACUCGGCCGACGAUGUGUACGCGAGUUGUUGGGAAGCUAUCGUCGCGUAAGAGGCUUUGCCAAGCACCUCCUCACGGUCGCCACACCUCUCGACUAGUAGGAGAAUACAAUUCUGAAUGAACGGCACUGUUGUUUCCACUACGUCGACCUCGUGCUAGUCCAAAUGGCCCGACCUGGGACACUACCAGGCGAUCGGUGUAGCUUGGUCUACGUCUGCGUUGCCAUCGAAA